AUGGACGAAAAACGUGCGAUAGAGGGGGCGGCCCUAAAACCCGAUCAACACCGAGAAUCUUUUUCACACCCAAACACCACGGGUGAAAACCAGGAUAGCUCCUCCACCACUCAGGAGGCGUCGUCUAUAAAGGGCGAAGCUGUACAGGAUGCACGUUUGUCGUCACAGGCUGGGCGCGACGAUGCGCCGAGCCCUACUGUAGACGCCGGCGCGGAAAUACACCAGGAAUGGAUUGAAGGAUUUCAGCUCUUCGUCGUGAUGGCUGGUAUUACAUUGGUUAUAUUUCUCAUGUUACUGGAUACUUCCAUUGUUGCGACGGCUGUUCCCAAAAUCACAAACCAGUUCCAUUCGCUGCAAGAUGUGGCGUGGUAUGGCAGUGCUUAUACUCUAGCUAGCUGUGCUUUGCAACCACUGACGGGUAAAUUCUACACCCAUUUCAAGUCCAAGAUCGUCUUCAUGAGCUUCAUCGCCGUGUUCGAGCUUGGGUCGCUCAUUUGUGGUGUUUCGACCUCUUCGAAGAUGUUGAUUGUAGGGCGCGCCGUCUCAGGGAUGGGAACUUCAGGCAUGAUCAACGGGGCAUUGACGAUUAUUGCCGGUGCUGUCCCAAUGCACAAAAGACCAGCGCUUAUUGGAAUGUUGAUGGGCUUCACGCAGCUGGGUCUGGUCAUAGGCCCACUAGUCGGCGGUGCCCUCACCACAUACACAACCUGGCGAUGGUGCUUCUACAUCAACCUCCCCAUCGGUGGGCUAGUCGCUAUUCUCCUCGUCUUCACCCGCGUGCCCGAACAACGCAAAAAGAGUCCUGCCCUGGAAGUCCUACCCACGUUCUACAAAACAUUCGACCUGGUCGGCUUCGUCCUCUUCGCCCCAGCGGCCAUCAUGUUCCUGCUAGCCCUCGAAUGGGGCGGCAACGAGUACGCAUGGAACGACUCGCGGAUCAUCGGUUUAUUCUGCGGCGCCGGCGCCACAGCGAUUGUCUUCCUGGGAUGGGAGUACUAUAAAGGCCGUGACGCGAUGAUUCCGUUCCACCUUAUUACCCAGCGCAUUGCAUAUGCUAGCUACGCCAAUGUUGCUGUUAUCUUUGGCUUGACCAUGAUUAUUGCAUAUUAUCUGCCGAUUUACUUUCAGGCAGUCAAGGACGAUUCGGCGCUUAUUAGCGGUGUGAAUCUCCUCCCGCAGAUUCUAUCGCAGCUUGUUGCGUCGGUUAUUUCUGGUGUUCUCAUUGGAAAAUUGGGCUACUAUAUCCCCUGGUCCGUCGGCGGGUCAGUCAUUGCCGCUGUUGGCUCCGGUCUCCUCUCCACUCUUACACCUACAACUUCCACAGCCGCCUGGGCAGGCUAUCAGGUCCUGGCUGGUCUCGGCCGAGGCUGCGCAACACAAGCCCCCAUGCUCGCCGUCCAAAACGGAAUCGCACCAGAUGACCUCUCCACCGGAAUGGCCAUUCUAACAUUCUGCCAGACCUUUGGCGGAUCUGUAUUCCUAGCCGUCGCGAAUGUGAUUUUCAGCGAGGGAUUGAAAAGCCAGAUCCCGCGGUAUGCACCCAAUGUACAUCCCGAUGUGGUGAUUGCGGCUGGUGCGACAGGGUUUAGGCAGACUGUCUCCGGCGAGGAUCUGGAGGGUGUGCUGAAAGGCUACUCCAGGGCUGUGGGGUGGACAUUUUACCUUGUUGCGGCGCUCUGUGUUGUCUCUUUUGCCUCGGGGUGGGGGAUGGGAUGGGUGGAUUUGAGGAAGAAGGGCAACGAUAGUGGGAAGGGGGGUCAGAGUGGGAAGGUCAGUGAUGAAGAGAAAGGAGAGGCUUCCGUUUGA